CAAAAAUGAUGCGAAGCCCGAAGAUCCGAAAGAUCCUCCUUGCUUCCUCUUUCGGGCGGUCAAAUGGGUAUCUCCGUUCGGCAAAAGGCUCUUGACAGGUCUCCUUUAUCUAGCUAGGUAUUCCAGUUGUUCUCAUAAUAACAAGUUGAGAAGUGAUUGAUUGACUCCUACUAUCACAUAAUGUGUUCCAAAUCCAAGGUCAACGAUGCCCUCCAGGGAGUAACCGGCAGCAGCGGUAGCGUCGUCCCGUCCAUUGCCGCCCACCAAGUCAAAGCAAAUCGAGAUGCCUACUUUUUGGUUGAUGUACGAGAAGCCUCCGAGAUUUCCGAAACGCCCUUUCCCGAUGCGAAUGCGGCGAUUCCCAUGGGCGCCAUUUGUCACGAUCCCUUCGAUCUAGUGGCACUCGCCGGCACAGACAAGACCAUUGUCACGGUGUGCAACACGGGUGUCCGAGCCCAAAUUGCGGCAGAACACUUGCCAACGUCCUCUGCCAAAGUCCUGCAACGGGGAUUGGUCGGUUGGGGCAACCCCGCGGCAUUGUCCCCCGAUUUUGUGGUCGUCUUGGGAUUGGGCGAUUCUCCCGAAAAAUUGUCCUUAGCACUGGCGGCGGCCGCGGCGGCGGUGGACAUGCAUUCCACCGUCGUGGUCGUAUUGAUGAGCGACGGCGUGCAUUGGUUUUUGAAACCCGACUCUGAAAAGGCUAAAUCCGUCGACACUCCCAAUGUCGAAACGGUGGAAUUCGGAGCUCCCUUUAAACCCUGCAAGGCCAUGCUGCAGAAAAUUUUAUCCAAAGGUGGCAUUAUUUUGGCUUGUACCAGUUGUAUCAAACAUCGACAAUACUCCUUCGAGACCGACAUGAUGGACUGUGUCAAUUCUUUGCAGAUGCCCGAUUUGGUUCGAAUGUUGGGAGAAGCCAAGGGAGGGACUCUGCAAUUCAUGUAAACACCACCACCACAGCACCAAAGAAGCAGAGCAUCCAUGGCUAGUUAAAGCGGAAGAUGAAGUGUUAUAGUAGUUUAGUUAGUAACUGAAUGUAUGUCAUCAUCAGCAGUCCCAUGUACCUAUGUGGUAGCUCUCGGUUGCUAUACUCUUCCGUCUAACAACUGUUUCAGUAUUAGUGCGGGUCGAC